AUGGCAGCCACUCGUGCUCUCUUCCAAACUCUCUGUCUUUCACCAAGUAUGAACAGCGUCGCCCGCUUGUCCAAUGUCGCAGAGCGGCCCGACCUCGCCAGUCAAGUGCGUACACUACGCAUCCACCGGCACUAUCUGAAGGCUGUGUCCUUCGACGAAUACAUCAGAAGCGACCAUUUGGCAGAGAGUCUCCAGCAGCUACCUCCUCUCGACGCGGCUUCCCAUGCUCUUGAACUUUCGCGGGCAUUCAAGGACGAGCUAGACGCCCAGCUGCGUUUCAAAACCGAAGGUCCUCCAUUGCUCUCCCAGGCACUGAAGAAAUUCCCGCGGCUACAAUGCUUCGUGCACUGCGGCACAACCACUCAGACCGUGGAGGGAGAUUAUCUCCUCGACAAAGACUCCGACUUGGUGAGAAGGACAGGUGUAAGAAUUCUGGACGGCGAAAAACACUAUCUGCUUAUGAACUCAACCUUGCAGAAGUGUCGGGGUCUGAAACCUGCAUCCGUUGACUGGUCAUCCUUCUACUGGUGGGAGUUCCAUACCUGCAUGGGAAUUCCUCACGCAAAGGCGCUUCUCGAGAGAGUCACCCACUUUAAGCUGACAUUCGAAGUCAAGAGUUUCGCUCGGGAACCAUGCCCUCUGAAGCCGACCAGCGGUCAUUGGAGGCAAAACCUAACCAAUGCCCUGGCGCGACUGGUAGAAUACCUGUCUGCGGUCGGACACCUGUGGCUCGGGUUCGACGAAAUGGAUGUAGGAUAUCCUUUGGUAGACGGGCCCCAGUAUAUUCGCAGCCAUGCAGUGAGAAGGAUGACGAGCUUGCUGCUCAAUGCUCCAAAUCCCGCGGCUCCUUUGCCCAGGUUAACUAGUCUCACACUGGAAAAUACUGCGGUCCGGUUGGGAGAAUUAUGCGGUUUCAUUGUACGACACUCAGGGCAGCUUAGGUCACUUACCAUCGUCAACAUGCGCCUGCACGAAGCUGGCAUGGCCAUUCGAGGAGUUUUGGCUACAGUGAUGAAGUUGAUCUCGUUCCUCCACACAGAGACUCAGCUGGACCAGUUUGUUUUACAAGGCACGUUUCAGGGUCUACACGCCCAAUUGUUGUGCUGCCCGCAAGGGAAGGGCAGCAUCUUACAUGACCUUCAGGAAUAUGUCUGUCACCGCGGCGAGUUCCCCUUCUGCAGUAUCGAAACGUCCUGGGAGUGUGCGACGCCGGUGGCAGACAACGUAACCAUUCCUGAUCCACGCAAUUGCAGGGCCAAUAUCACCAUUGGGAGCGAUGCCUCGUGGUAUUUCGAGGCAUCAGACGCCCUGGACCACCAAUGA